UAUGGUAUCCAUGGUGUCGGGGUUAUCAUACUCAAGAAUUUUUAUUGUAUAGAAACUGAGUGUAUUGGGUUGUCUAAAACUUGUAUCUAGAUAACCAUAUUUCUGUUUUUACCAUUUUCCACAAUGGCUGAUCAAUCUGUGAAAAGUGAGUCCUCUUCUAAUGGAAAGAAAGCGAACGGCCAAAGGAAUCCAAGUAAAAAUCAUAAUUUGAAGAAGCGCGCCCCGCAGAAGCCUCAGGUGGCUGAGAACGUUAUCUAUGUUAGCACAAAAACUCAUAUCAAGGCUUUAUUAGAACGUUGCACGAAGCUGAUAAACAAGGAUAGUAACGAAAUCAUUAUAUACUGCUUGGGUGCUGCCAUUCAACGAGGAAUACUGUUAGCACUGCAAAUUUGUGAAAAACAUAUUAGUUAUGAUUGUGCAACAGAAACAUUAACUACAAAUCUCAUUGAUGAUUUGGAGCCUGCAACAGAUGAUGCAGAUUAUGAGCUGGUGCGUAGGCAAAAUUCUGCUUUAAGAAUUAGAAUUUUCAAGAAGGAUCUUCUGUCAUAAUGUUCUUCACGAUACACGA